UUUCGAACUGGCUUGCAGCAUCUGAUCUCGCUCAUCCAAUGGCAAACCUACGACGCGCCUUGCUUGUCCUCUCAUUUACGUUAGCUAGUGUACUAGCUGCUGGCGUCGAAGAUGAAUUUGGUGUACAGCCUGAAAUUGUUCAUCAAUUCCGAGCACAAGAAAAAAUGCCUCCUAAGAUCGUGUCACAAUUGGCGUCCCUGCUAGUUCUUGCACCUUGGAUAGCAUUGUUAGCUGGCUGGGCACAAUUGGGAUAUACACCCGCCAAAGUCAUCAACAGCAUACAAAACGAGUCCAUGACUUCAACUGUCUCAAUCUUCAGUUUCCUCGGAACCCUUGCAGCAAUUGAAUUUCUUUUCUUCAACUACUGGACACACCUAAACCUCUUCCAGACCCUAGGCUAUCUCUCUGUUUUGAGCGUAGUAGCUUUCAUCACUGGUCAGCGUGCGUUGACUGUCGUUCAACAGAAGCGUAUUCGACACACCGAUCCUAAAAAGACACAGUAGGAGGGGUCAUAGUGACAAAUAAACCUCCAUUAUACUCAUAAAUAAAAAAAGAAGAAUACCGUACGUGA